UCAGAAGAGGCUGAUGGGAGAGGAGACAGAGAGGGCGCCAGCUUGGUCUGUACCCACCAGUCCACCGGCCUCUCCAGCAGCUGCUGAGCUAUGAGCCACACCAGAGAUUUACAAGGAGGAAAAGCCUUCGGGCUGCUGAAGGCCCAGCAGGAAGACAGACUGGAUGAAAUCAACAAGGGCUUGGUUAGCAACUCCUUUCUCAAUCCCCUGCCAUGCCCCCUCCCGCGGACCCUCCAGCCAGCGCUGACCCUAUCUGCUUUCUCCCCUCACCCAGAGAAAUACAUGGAGUUUGACCUGAAUGGAAACGGAGAUAUCGAUAUCAUGUCCCUGAAGCGAAUGCUGGAAAAACUCGGGGUCCCCAAGACCCACCUGGAGCUGAAGAAACUAAUCAGGGAGGUGUCCAGCGGCUCUGGGGAGACUUUCAGCUACUCUGACUUUCUCAAGAUGAUGUUGGGAAAGAGAUCUGCCAUCCUAAAAAUGAUCCUGAUGUACGAGGAGAAAGCAAGAGAACAGGAGAAGCCAGCAGGUCCCCCAGCCAAGAGAAAUAUCUCUGAAUUGCCCUGAUUUAUGGUAGGGGAGAUGUGGUGGGAUUGAUGGGGUUCCUAAUCACCCCAGCAUGGAAAAAGAACACAGAAUUGUGAGCCACAGUUACACUAAAUUAAAUAAACUAUCCUCCUUCUCCAGA